AUGUCUCCUCUCCCAUUUCUCAUCCUCCUCUUCCCCUUCGUCGCCACCGGAAACUCACCGGAGAAACACCACCGGCUUAUCAUUCCGGUGGUCAAAGAUCCGGACCUUGGCCUCCACUAUGCCGUCGUGGGCUUCGGCACUAAUCCAACGGUCUUAGCCAAAUUCGGACUCGAGUUCGGCGGUCGCUUCUCCUGGUACAUAUGUUCGGACCCUGGCUACAACUCCUCCUCCUACCGUCCCAUCCGUUUUAGCUCCCCCAAAUGCAAGCUCGCCAACCAAGCAUCUUUAUGGGACUGUGGCGAGGCAGCGGAGGUCAUGCCACGUUGCUUGAGCGAUUCUUGUGGAGUGAAUGUGUACAGACCAAAUGUGAGGGGAAGUCUUCGUGGAGGGUUGGCCCAAGACGUUAUGAGCUUCAUAUCGACGCCCGACGGCCUUAGACUCGGUCCACGUGUCAACUCACCGCCAUUGAUAUUCGCAUGCACCGAGUCAGAUGCCAUCUACGGGUUACCCUAUUCGGCUCUUGGAAUGUUUGGUCUGUCAAGGAACACUCUCUCUUUUCCAACGCAGAUCUCUUCUGCCUUCAACAUUCGUCGAAAAUUCUCCCUCUGUCUUCCUUCUAAACCCCAAGAAUCAAACCAGGGCAAGUUCUUGAUCGGCGGAGGUCCAUAUUUGUAUCCACCGUUCAAGGGGGACGUUUCCCGUCUGUUUGCUACCACCUCGCUGGUCACUAACCCCGUCAAUAGGGCAGAACCUCCGAUCAAGGGUGCACCAUCCGACGAAUACUUCAUCGACGUGAAAUCCAUCGAGAUAGACGGAGAACCGAUCCCUCUCAAGAAAUCUCUACUGUCGAUUGACAAAAAAGGCAAUGGCGGCAUCAAGAUAGGACCUGAGAUCUAUACCUUUAUGCACUCGUAUAUCUACAAGCCGUUCCGCAAAGCCUUCGUAGCAAAAGCCAAGAAAAGAGGGAUUGUGAAUGUAUCAUCGGAUCGAUCUCAGUUCGAUAUGUGUUUCGACCGGAAGAGCAUUGGAACGGCGAUCACCGGACCGGACAUGCCGGUGAUCGAGCUGGUGCUGAAGACAGGGAGAUGGAGAUUCUACGGCUCGAACCUGAUGAGGGACGCCGACGAAAACACGACUUGUUUGCCGUUUAUCGACGCCGGGGGUGAUUUUGGCAACGGGGUCUUGCUGGGAUGGCAUCUGUUGGAGGAUACUCUAAUGGAGUUUGAUCUUGAAUCUUCCAACUUCAGUGUCACCUCUUCUCUUUUACUGCAUAACACUUCUUGUUCCCGUUCUUAGAACUACUUGUGAUCGGUU